AUGAAUGGUAUCGUUGAAUUACAAAUUCAAACACUAAGUUAACCUUUACAAUUGAAAAAGGAAAUUGAACAUAGAAUUAAUCAAUUUGAUGAUAUGCAAAAAAAAUAAUAAAUGAAUAUUAACAGUAAUAGCAAGCCAAGCCUUUAGGAAUAUCUUGAUAAAUUGAAACAAAUCCAAGAUGCUAAUAAUAGGAGACUAAGCCAAGCAAAAUCAUAAUCAAAUGCCUCAAAGAUAAUGACUCCUAAGACAGUUUCUCAAUUAAAAUAACAAACCAAGUCAUCAACUGAUCGUUCUCACUCUUAACAUAAAUUGAUUCCUUUCUUUUAGAACAGGAAAGUAUCGAGUUCAAAGAGAUAAACAAGUUAAGCUGAUGAACCUAAAAUACCAAUUUCUAGUUAGGGUAUUACAAAAACAGUAGAAACAACAUCUCCAAGGACUGGUGAGUUAGAAGACAUAAAAAAAUAAUUAAAUUAAUGGUUCAUUAAAGAGAGUAAGAACAAUAAUACGGGAGGAUGUCUCUAGUUAUUGGAACCUACGUUAGUUCAUAAUAUUUUAAAAUUACCUCCCAGACAGAAGAUCAAUUCAGAACUAAGAGCUUCUCUUUCAGCUAAGGAUAUGUUAGAUAACACAGCACUUCAUUAUGCAGCCAAAAAUGGGAAUGCCUAAUUGACAUCUGCAUUAAUAUUUAAGUAAAUAGCUAUUGAUGGGUAAAACAAAGAUAACAUGACUCCUUUAAUUUUAGCUGCUAUCAAUGGACAUGAAGAAGUCUUGAUGAUCUUGAUGAAUGCAGGUUCAGACAUCAAUCACUAAGAUUCUGUAGGAAAUACAGCAUUACAUUAUGCUUGUAAAUCAAAUCAUAAGGCAAUUGUCUAAUUGUUAUUAAAAAGACAGUCGCUUUAAUUUAAAAAAAACAAAGAACAUAAAAGUGCUGAAUAAUAUGCGCAAAACGAAGAAAUCCAACGUUUAUUCUAGAAUUACAAUGAGGACAUCAAAAAAUAAUGUAAGUCAUUUAAGAUGAAUAUGGUCUAAAUAUAAAACACUUAAAAUGAUGUCAUUCUUAAAAUGUUUUAAUAUAAAAGAGGAUAGAUGAAUUAAUAACAAUAACAAGGAAUUCAAUCAUAAACGUAACAGAAUUUUGCUUAAACUCCAACACAAUUAAAUAGUUAUUCAUGUAAAAAUUUAAAUAUUGUUAACAAACAAUCAUCUUCUCCAAACAAUCGAACUUAAUAAGAAAUUAAAUAGGAGAGAUUAAAUAAAAUAAACUCAACUCAUUCUAACAAAUAAUAAUUAACAAAUACCGUUUCGACAAACUCUGAUUCUAUUAAGAAUAAGGAAGAAGAGAAGAUUGGACCCUAAUAGUUCUAAGUGAUUGGAUUAAUUGGAAAGGGUAGUUUUGGAGAAGUAUAUUUAGUUUAGAAAAACAAUUAGUUAUAUGCUAUGAAAGUACUUCAUAAGAGCAGAAUUAUGAAACAUAAUCUGACUAGAUAUGCUUUAACAGAAAGGAAUGUAUUGUCAAUUACAUCACAUCCCUUCAUUGUUAAAUUAAGAUUUGCAUUCUAGACUUAGGAUAAAUUGUUCAUGAUUUUAGAUUAUUGUCCAGGAGGAGAUUUAGGAGAAGUCUUAUAAAAGUAGAAGAGACUCCCUGAAAGUAUAGUAAAGAACUAUCUCUGUGAAAUUGUCUUAGCCUUAGAGGAUUUACAUAAACGAGAUAUAAUAUUUAGAGAUUUGAAACCAGAUAAUAUUGUUUUGGAUGCUGAAGGUCAUGCACUAUUGACAGAUUUUGGAUUAUCCAAAGAAGGAAUCUUGGAACCUAAUACUGGUGCUAGAUCAUUUUGUGGAUCAGUUGCAUAUUUGGCACCUGAAAUGUUGAAGAGAUCUGGUCAUGGAAAAGCAGUCGACUGGUACUUAUUAGGGGUUGUGAUGUAUGAAUUAUUGGUUGGAUUACCUCCUUAUUAUGCCAAUAAUAGAGAGGAAUUGUUUUAUAAUAUUGAAAAUGCUUAACUCAAAAUACCUUCAUAUAUUUCUAAUGAGGCUAAAAAUCUAUUAAAAGCAUUGUUAUAACGAAAUCCAGCCAAGCGUCUAGGCUCAGGCAAAGGGGACUCAGAAGAAAUCAAAGCACAUCAAUAUUUUCAAGAUGUCAAUUGGGAGGUUGUUUAUAAUAGAGAAUUGGCGAUGCCAAAACCAAAUAGAAAAAUCAGAAUCAAUACCAAAAUCGAUGGAAAUGUGUUUGACAUGCAGAGUAUAGUAGAUGAAUCUAAAGCUCAUUUAGGAGGCUGGACCUUUGUUAAUAAUGAUGAUUUAUGA